CUUUGGUAAGGCAUUCUACAUACCGUCAUAACUUCUUCUGACGGUCAUAGCGGAACAAAAUGGCGCAUUUCAGACAUAACUCCGUCAGAAACUCUUAUGGUCGACCAUAAACUCUUAUGGACGACCAUAAAAUUGCGCGGGACGCUGAGGUCGGGUUCACCCUGUCAUAACUCUGCUUAUGACCGUCAGAAGCGCGUCAACAUGGCAGCCCCACGUCAACACGCUCCCCAGCCUUUUCGAAGAAGAGACGUACUGAACGAGCUCAGCGAUGCUGAGCUUAUCAGAAGAUACAGAUUUGACAAGGAAGGUAUUUUGUACGUCACUAAUCUUGUGAGGGAAGCCUUGUCAAGUGACACCAAGAGGAGAAACCCACUCACCCCGGAGAUGAAGGUGAUCAUCACACUGCGGUAUCUUGCCACGGGAAAAAUGCAAAUGUGUAGCAGCGACGACCUCGGCCCAUCACAGCCCAGCAUCAGCAGAGCCAUCACCCAGACCAUUGACGCCCUUGCAAACGUCAAUAUUCUCAAGCAGUUCAUCAGCUUCCCCACCACCCAAGACGUUACUGAGGCGAACAAGGCAGACUUCCUCACCAUUGCAAAUUUUCCCGGGGUUAUUGGUGUCGUUGAUGGGACACACGUAAGGAUUGUGGCACCAAAGGAGGAGGAAGACGUGUUUGUCAACCGCAAGGGAUAUCACAGUAUUAAUGUGCAGGUCAUAUUUGAUGCCAACUAUCGAAUACUGGAUAUCCUAGCGAAGUGGCCUGGCUCAGUGCAUGAUGCACGUAUUUUGAAUGGCUGUGGAGUGGCAGAAUUGUUCCAGAGAGGGCAUGUGCCACCAGGUAGUCACUUGUUGGGAGACAGUGGCUAUCCCAGCAAGCCAUGGCUCCUGACACCUUACCUGCGACCUCUGCCUGGACCUCAGUCACGCUAUAAUAGGGCCCACAAACGGACACGGAGUGUUGUGGAACGGGGAAUAGGACAGCUCAAGCGCCGCUUUCAUGUCCUACACAGCGAGGUCCGAGUAACUCCCCCGGUGAAGGUGUGCAAGCUGAUACAUGUAUGCGGCAUGCUCCACAACAUCUGCAAGGACAGGAAUAUUCCCAUUCCUCUCGAUGCGGCUCAACCUAACGCUGAAGAAGUGGAUCUUGCCAUGGCACAACCUGAAGGUGUGCAAGUUGUGCCGCCACUUCCAGCUGGUCAGCGGAAUGAAGGUCGCCUGUAUCGAGAUGAAUUCUGCAACUUGCAUUUCCA